AAGUGGUUGUUGUCACGCCCUUUUCAAGAUGGCUUCCAGGAGAAGAGGAAUUGGAGCGAUAGAUAAAAGCAGAAUAGACAAGGCAAAGUUUGCAGCCAAAGGAACGGAAAUAGCAGAUCUACAAUUGUCACACAUAGCUGGGCAGCUGGAAACAUUUAAAAAGCAUUUGGAGGAGUUUGCGUCAAAGCACAAGAAUGAGAUUCGCAAGAACCCAGAGUUUAGGAACCACUUUCAACAGAUGUGUGCCCGUAUUGGAGUAGACCCACUAGCAUCUAGCAAAGGAUUUUGGGCUCAGACUUUAGGAGUUGGAGAUUUCUAUUAUGAGUUAGGUGUCCAGAUAAUUGAGAUAUGCCUAGCAACAAGAGAAAGGAAUGGAGGAUUAAUGACAUUUGAGGAGCUGAAGAAACAUGUCACAAAAUCAGGAAGCAAGACAAGACAAGAUGUCAGCGAAGAGGAUUUGGCUCGUGCCAUUAAGAAACUAAGGGUCCUUGGUGGAGGGUUCACUGUAAUACCGGUUGGUGGGCGUCGUCUAGUCCAGUCAGUACCUGGGGAACUGAACAUGGAUCAUACAGCUGUACUGCAAAAAGCCGAGUCGACUGCAUUCAUCAGUAAAUCUGUUCUCAUAAAUGAAUUGAAAUGGUCGGAAGUUAGAGCACAAAGUGUCCUUGACCACCUCGUUAGGGAAGGAAUGGCUUGGAUAGACGACCAGGCGAGCGACGGAGAGAGACUCUAUUGGUUCCCAGGACUUUUUGAAACGAGAGGAUGAACAGAAGUCUUCCAUGAUAAUAAUAAUAACAAUAAUAAUAAUAAUAAUAAUAAUAAUAAUAAAUUAAUAAAAAAUGCAAAAAUAUAUUAUAUAUCAUACAUAGUGUAGAUUCUACUGUGUCUCAUUU